AAGGUUUGUCUAUGUUUGGUGACCAUGGCUCCGGACUCCUUCUACGGUGUAGAGAGGUGGAGAGGAACACACCGGAGCCGGGAGGUUUUAAUCUCUCAGUUCUCUUAAACCUUGAGUCGGGACGGAGUAUUUAUCCUCAGUCUUUAUCUAUACCUGGAGCUAGGAGCAUCUAUCCUUAACCUGAUCUAUACCCGGAGCUAGAGAUAUUCAGAACUAACCUAUACCUGGAGCUAGGGAUAUUCAGACCUAACCUAUACCUGGAGCUAGGGAUAUUCAGAACUAACCUUUACCUGGAGCUAAGGAUAUUCAGACCUAACCUAUACCUAGAGCUAGAAACCGUACCAUAUCACAUAAAGCGAUAGAUACUAACAGUGAUGAACUAAUAACCGAAAAUCUACCAAAAUCCAAAAAUAAAUUGUGAAUAAAUUUUCAAGUGAAGAAUGGUUUAAAACUAUAGAUGGUUGUUCACUCUUACAUCAACCCGUAUUCUAAUAUGCUAGGCGGGGUCUAUAACCCUCUUCUUCUGCAGAACCUUACUCAAGGCUAUAAUACAGCACAAUCCAGUAUGCCUGGUCCUGCAGCCUAUGCCUACCCGUGGCAAUCAGCCGCUAUGCAGGUCAAUCAGCUGUCGUCAGCCGUUGCACAGCUGACUUCACAAUCUCAGCUGUCUUCGGCGGUGGCACAGUUAACAUCACAAUCUCAUCUGUCGUCAGCGGUGGCACAGCUAACAUCACAAUCUCAUCUGUCGUCAGCUGUUGCACAGAUGACGUCCCAGGCACACCUUGUGAGUACGCCCCAGUUGGUGUCUUCUAAGCUUGGCUCUUCAGCUGUUUGUUCAACAGCUGUUUCAUCAUCUGUUAGUGGCGGACCAAUACCAGCUACUGUAACUAGCUCACCAGGAGAAUUCACGCUAGAUUCAAAAGAUUCCAGUAACUAUCCCUCCUCUCCUUGUGAAUCUAACAGUUCUAUGAUUGAAGAAAUAAACAUACAGUACCUUAAAGAGCUUCAGGCCGAGAAAGAGACGAUGGAAUCCAAUACAGAAUCUAAAUCACAUGCGAUAAAGCUUCUAGAAAAUGAGAUAGCCUGUAUUCAGUCUGGAGGAAACAAAAAUACAGGCUUUAGGGAGCCUGUUAAAUACUUUGAUAUUUACCGCGAGAGACCGAUAAGACUAACAGUCCGAGCCCUCAUACCUGUUAGAGAACAUCCAAAGUUUAAUUUUGUUGGUAAGCUGCUGGGUCCAAAGGGUAACUCCAUGAAGAGGUUGCAGGAGGACACUAUGACCAAGAUGGCUGUGCUGGGUAGAGGAAGUAUGAGGGAUAAACAGAAGGAAGAAGAUUUAAGAUUAUCAGCUGAUCCUAAAUAUCAACAUCUUCAAGAGGAUUUACAUGUUGAGAUAACAGCCUUUGCUCCGCCUGCUGAAGCACACGCCAGGAUUGCGUAUGCUCUGACGGAAGUUCGAAAAUACUUGAUCCCUGACAGUAAUGACGAGAUCAGACAAGAACAAAUGCGGGAAAUGGAAAUAAUCAGUACAAAUGGAGAAGUGAUAGAGAACCUAAAUCAAACUUCAGCUCUACUGGGUCUCAGGACUCAGGGUCUACCAUUCCAAUCCUCUCAUCAGGGUGGGCUGGGUCCUGUGAUUACCGGUCUGCCUGUAGGCUCCACUAACGGGUACAUGACUCCGUACAUGGUGUCAGGAACAGGUUUAGCCAUGGACUCAACACCAAUUACUACACAACAAGACCAGUUUUCUAAUUCUACCUUGAAAUCUAGCAGUUCUCUAGAAACAUCAAAGCUUCGAGUUCAACCCUACACUAAACCAUAAUUAUAAAAUUAUAAACAAUCCAAACCUUACUCUUAGAUUCAUUAAGUAUUCAAUCCAAACUUUUAGCCCAGUUUUCUUUUGUGUUUAGGGUUCAAUUCAAUCCUUAACCUCAGAUUCUUUAUGUCAAAAGUAUUCAAUCCAAAAUGUCUUAGUUUUAUGUGUUUUUAGGGUCCAAUCCAAUCCUUAAUCUCAGAUUCUUGAAGUCAACAGUAUUCAAUCCAAUUUUUAAUCCUAGUUUUCUUUCCUUAGGGUCCACUCCCAUCCAAUCCUUUAACUUAGGUUUGUUAAGUCAACAGUAUUCAAUCCAAACUUAAAUCUUAGUUUCCCCACAGGCUAUGUUUACUAUAGUCCGUAAUCAUCCUAAAUUCAUUAAGUCAACCCUUACUUUGUUGUUGAUUGUUCCUGAUAUUGGUCCAGUCCAAACCUUAAUCUUGGUAUAAUUGAGUUUACAACUUUGCAUCAGGGUCCAUUCAGAGCCUUAAUCCUUGCAUCCUUGAGUUUACAGUUACCAAUCCAAACCAUAAUCUAAGUCCCAAAAAGGUCCUUAAUAUGAUUUAACCCUGAAACGUUAGCUAACUCUAUAUAUAAAGCUGAACCAACUCAAUCAAAAUUAAAAUUAGCAGGAAAAAAUGUCCAUUCCAUUGCGUUGAUCUAUCAAACAACAUUUUUUUCUUAAUUUACAUGAAAACUAUAUUUUUAUUUAAAGCUGUUUAUUAAUGGCGUGGUCUAAAAAGCCUGUACCCUGUACCAUAUUUUAGGUGAAAUAUGAUCUCCAAAGUUAUAUAUAACGCUGUAAAUGACAAGGUCUUUAUAAUAAGCUACAAGUGAGGCUUUUGGGUCCCAUGCAACUAUUGCUCUAUCCCGAUAAUAAAUAUAUUAAGGUUAAUGGAUCUUAAAAGCUAAUGAUCUAUAUUUUGAAAAUUCUCCUACUUUAUUUUUAGAUUCCAACUUACCCCCCCCCCCCAUGGAAGAAUUUCGUUAUUGAACUUCAAUUGUGCACAUUGCAUAGUGUAAACUGUACACGUAGAUCUAGUUGUUUUUAAACCAUAUUUGUUGCAGUUCUGUGUCUGCCCAUGUGAUAUCAUGUUUUUACUGUAACGGCCUACUGUGCUUCAAACAUACAGAAUGUAUUAAAUGUAUGCAUGUCUAUUUACCGUGGGUUAAAUUUAUAUUAUUAUCAUUGUGUAUGUAUACUGUAUAGCCCAUGCAGCCCACCUAAUAUCUGAUUUUAGACAUUUAACCUGCAGUGAUAUGUUCAUCCUAUUUGGACAUUUUAAAGUGUGACCCCCCCCCCCUCUCCACCUUGAUAAAGCUCAGAAAUAAGAUAUCCAAACAAUGUGUUCAUUUUUCAUACAGGGUUACCCACAAUUAGGAUAAGACUUUAAAGACGAACUAAAACUAAGGAAUUGAGUCUUUGCCAC